AUGUGCAAUCCGGUCCAUGGCGUCGAGGCAGAGCUUGCCAAGGUCCGCGCCGAGGGUGACUGGGUGCUCAUCAAGAUCGAGAUGGAGAAAAAGGCUAUGGAGGCCACGAUGGCGGCGCUUGCGGAGGCGCAGGAUGAGAUGAAGCGACUGCGCGCAGCCAAGAGCGCGAGCCGCGCCAAACCCGACCACCCGCGGCAGCGCAAGCAGCUAGCCGAUCACGAGCAGCGCCUCCACGUCGCGCUUCAAGCCAAGCGCCAGCACAUUGCGACCCUUCGCCUCGCGGUUGACGAGGCGCGGCGCACCAAGCUCGACGCUGCGGCCGCGCUAGCAGCCGAAGAAGCGUGCGCCAGCGACUGGGAGUCCAAGAUCAAACGCGCGGCCGCUGAUCUCGAGACGGCGCUGUCGAACGACGCAAGAGUCGCCGACGAGAUCAAGCGCCUGCAAGCGGAGAUCGAUGCCAAUGAGUCGGCCUUCCUUGCGCAAAAGCAGCAGCUUGCCGCCGAGCUCCAGCAGCCGCUCAUCGAACGCACGCACAAGGCGUACCGCGCCCACAAGUUGGAGUAUCGCAAGAAGAGCAACCUCUCGUGGCUCAAGAAGAUCGACUUGGUCAAGCGCACCGAGUCCCUCGAGCGCAAGAAAGAGCUCCUCGACUAUGCUCUGAGCGCUACGCAAGCACCCAACGUCGCCGCGCUCCUCACGACGUUCUUGGCGCAGGAAGCCAAGAAGAACGCGGUCGCGACGGCGCUCGCGGGCCGCGCCUCCCGCCACGCCCAAGUGCUAGCGACCAUGGCCGACGUCGAGGCCGAGCUCGCCAAGCUGCAACUCGCCGAAGUCCACGCCAACCCGUUUCGCGCCGACCUCGUUGCGGCGCUCGAGGCGUCGCGGGACCGCGCGAACGUCGUCGCCGCCGAGAGCGCUACUGUCGCGUCCACGCUCACGCAGCUCGAGUCGCCAAUCGCUGCGCUCUACGAGCUGGCGUUCGAGACGUUGCCAACCGAGAUGAUGUCAAUCGUGUGGUCGGCCCCGCAUCUGCUUCCAAGUCUUCUCGCGCGUGUCGAAGCGCGUGUCUCGGAGCAAGUGCUCUCGUGCGUCGCCACGGCGUGCCAAGGCGUGGCCGACAGCAGCACUUGGCCGUCGCUGCCGCUCGUGGCGCGCUUCCUCGAGCUGCGGGGCGCCACUCGUCAUCCUGCGACACCACCACCGGUGGUGCCACCGUCCAUCAUGACGCAUGGAAACUCAUCCAAGGACACCGCCGACGACGACGACAAGUGGCCCGUUCACUCGAAAGCGCUCCUCGCCGCACUCCACGCCAAGCACGACGCAGCAAAGCAAUAA